AGAGAGAGGGAGAGAGAGAGAGAGAGAGAGAGAGAGAGGCCAAAGUGGACUCCCUCCCUCGGCAGAGCCGUUCCGCCCGAUGGAGGCAGACGAGACCUUUGCAGUGAGCUCGAGGCCCGGAAUGUCACCUGUGAAGCGUCGACACCUCGCUGGAGGACGUGACUGAGGAAAAGACCGCGCACAUCUGUCCGCGCUUUCGGGAACUUCUCUGACAACUCCUUUAGUAAGCUCGUGUGCGCGAACGAAAGUUAGCAGGUCUCCGUUAGCUGCGGGAGGCGACCCCUCGCCCAAGAUGACCGUCAUAGAUAUCACUUAGCGAGAGGUUAUUCGCCGCCUCAGGUAACGUAGGACAGGUGAACGACGCACUUUUUAAUGGACUUUGGGCUUGAUAUUUUCUACUACUUUAUAGUUCUCAGUCAGCAAGUUGGCACCCACCUAUCUGGCUGCGAGAAUUGACCGGUUUUGUCUCUCAAACAAAGACUUCUUGGAAACUUUUCUCAAGUGUCACCUCUUUCAUCAGCCAUGUCAUUCAAAGACAAUCCCUGUCGGAAAUUUCAAGCCAACAUUUUCAACAAAAGUAAAUGCCAGAACUGCUUCAAGCCCAGAGAAUCUCAUUUGCUCAACGACGAAGACUUAAAUCAGGCAAAACCUAUAUAUGGGGGAUGGUUGCUGCUGGCACCUGAGGGAACAAAUUUUGAUAAUCCUUUGCACAGAUCUCGGAAAUGGCAAAGGAGGUUCUUCAUCCUCUACGAGCAUGGCUUACUUCGCUAUGCUCUGGACGAAAUGCCCAGCACUCUACCCCAGGGUACAAUCAAUAUGAACCAGUGCUCUGAUGUCAUCGAUGGAGAGACCAGGACAGGUCAGAAGAACUCGCUGUGCAUCCUGACCUCUGAGAAAGAGCACUUCAUAAGGGCUGAAUGUAAAGAAAUCAUCAAUGGGUGGCAGGAGGCUCUGACUGUGUACCCCAGGACCAACAAGCAGAACCAGAAGAAAAAACGCAAGGUUGAUCCACCCAGUCACCAGGGUGGAGUAACUCCAAGCCAGUGUUUUUCCACUGAAGACAUGAAUGGACACCCAGAGCCUGGCCCUGCCAAGGUGACAGUGACUAGUAGCAGCAGCGGAGGCAGCAUCCCAUGCCUGCCCAGCAGUAUUGCCAGUGCUGAGCGUGUACCGAUGAGCCGUGCCACUCUGUGGCAGGAGGAGAGCCGCUGGAGCAGGGCCACCAUCCCCUGCAGCCGCAGUGCCUCCUGUCUCAACCAGCUAAGCCAGAACCAACCAGACUCCAGUAUCACUACUCAAGACGAUGGCGGCACCGUGAGCAAUGGACGCAAGGUACGAGUGGAGAGCGGUUACUUUUCCCUGGAGAAGACCAAGUCGGAGCCUUCUCCACAGUCUAAACAGCAUUCCCAGCCACCCCAGCCACCUCAGCAUCUGCCCCUGUCCUCUUCAGCAUCAUCCUCCACUUUAGGAGCUCCCAGUCCCAGGUACAACUCUGAGUCAGAACCCCAAACUUCCCCUUAUCAACCUUCCCAAGAUCCUCUCCCUUCUCCAGGUGCACUUGUUUCCCCCAGCUACUCCACCAUCAGUUCCUCCCAGAGCUCGCUGGACUCUGAACCCAGCGGCAUUACGCCCACCUGGGAGGGAUGUAGUGGUGGUGGAGGGAGCACUAAUAGUGUCAGUGUUGGAGGAGGAAGAGUGGGCCGGUCUGGCAGGGAGUAUGCAGCGUUGUCGGAUGUGCCACGGGCUCGCAGAAUGAGCUACCGAGAAGCGUUCCGUUCAGAGAAAAAGCGUCAAGAGCUAAGAGCACGGACACGGAGUCCUGGCAGAGAGGAGGUGGCUCGGCUGUUCGGGGAGGAGCGCAGGCGUUCUCAAAUCAUUGGCCGGUUUGAGGAGGGUCAACAUGUGGAGCGCAUGGACACAAGCAGCUCCAAUGAGCCUUCCGCUAACACUGUGCCAAUGCAAAGACAAGGCCGCAGCGAGAGACGCUAUCUGGCAAAUAAACAUGAGAUGUCACUGGAUGCAGGAAAAGACUGUUCAGUCCCUGAUGUGUCCAGCUCCACUUUUGCCAGCUUAAGAAGAGCUAAGUCACUGGACCGCAGAGUCACAGAGUCUUCAAUGACUCCAGAUCUGCUGAACUUCAAAAAAGGAUGGAUGACCAAGCUGUAUGAAGACGGAAUGUGGAAGAAACACUGGUUCGUCCUAACAGACCAGAGUCUGAGGUACUAUAAGGACUCAAUAGCAGAGGAGGCUUCAGAACUGGAUGGUGAGAUUGACCUUUCCACAUGUUAUGAUGUCAAAGAGUUCCCGGUCCAGAGAAAUUACGGCUUCCAAAUCCUGUGUAAAGACGGUGCAUGCACCCUGUCAGCAAUGACCUCUGGAAUCCGUCGCAACUGGAUUCAGGCCAUUAUGAAGAAUGUGCGACCCACUGUUGCCCCCGACGUCACCCGGAAAAACAUCUCUCUGAAACUAUCCGUUCUGAAGCCCAGAUCUCUCCCUGAUGAGAAGAUAAAAGCCCAAGUGAUGUUGGAGCCGUGUCCACAGACCACCCCUGAGCCAAGCCCCAUGCCUGAGGCCCCCAGUUCUGAUGUCCACAGACAGCCAGUUGGCAGCAAUGCCUCUGUCCCUCCCUCUGAGCCCCGUAAAAGCCGAGUUCGUGAGCGCAGACCGGAGGGCCGCUCUAAGACUUUUGAUUGGUCUGAGUUCAAAAUGGAACAGACAGAAAAGCCUGUGAAGGAACGAGCAGACACAGUCGAUCUCAACUCAUCAUUCUCCACAACUUCCUCAUAUUGCUCUCCCUCCUCUUCGCCUUCCUCAUUAAUGUCCUCUCCUGUCUCCACCCCCUCGGUAUCAGGUGCUCACCCACCUUCUAUGGCAGAAGAAGCAGAAAAGGAGAAUGUCAUGAAGGGUGUCUCUCCACACAACACAACCAGUGCAACCCAAAUGCCAAAUACUGUUACUGUUACCGUAACUUCCACACUAAACACUAUGCCACUGGUACAGCCAUCAAUGCCUGAAAGCCAAGAGCAAGGAAAGAUGGAAGUAGACCACUUUAUAGCCAUGCAUCCUGCUAGUGAAGAUAAGGACAACAGAACCUCAGGUGUCCAUGAAGAGAUUGAGCAGCGAUGGCAUCAGGUGGAGACAACACCGUUAAGAGAAGAGAAGCAAGUGCCCAUAACCACAGCUUUAGGAAACUCUGGUAACUCUGACAGAUUGCCUGCACAUGAGCUUGCUGCGCUGCUAGACAAAGAGUUGGGACAGAAGCAGAAGGAGCUGGACCAUCUACAGAAGCAGAACAGCCUUUUAAAAGAGCAGCUGGAAGAUGCACUAGGAAGAGAACAGAGUGCCAGAGAGGGCUAUGUACUGCAGAGUGCAACACCCCCUUCCUCUUCACCGCACAGAGUGCCAUGGCAACGCUUGCACAAGCUUAAUCAAGAUUUGCAGGGCGAAUUAGAGACCCAAAAGCGCAAACAGGACCUUGCUCAACAGCAGAUUCGGACACUAAAGAGAAGCUACACCGAAGCCCAGGAUUCUGUAGACCGCCAUGAGGCUGAUAUUCAGGCCCUGCAGGGUAAACUAGCAUCUGCAAUGGCUGAAAUCUUAGCUAGUGAACAGGCUGUUGCCCGAAUGCGCAAUGAGCUCAAGCUAGAGCAGGAGCGUUCAAAGGAGCAAGAAGUGGAAUAUGGACGAAGUGAGGCCACCCUUCGAGCCCAGCUAAAGGACAGUGAGGACAGACUCCGUGAAGUAGAGGCCAGCCUCUUAGAGAGGAACCAGGCCCUUAGGCACCUGGAGCGCCAGCAGGCCCUGCAACGAGACCACGUCAGGGAGGUACAGCGGUUGCAGGAGAGGCUGCAAGAAGUGACUGCUCGACUAAGUGCUACUGAAGAGAGUCAAGCAUUGAAGGAGGAGCGCCUAAGGAAGGAGCAGCAUAGCAUGCAAGAAAGUCAUGAGAGGGAAAGACAGAAUCUAUGUAGAAGAUUAGCUGAGGCUGAAACGGCACAGAAAGAGAUGGAGGACAGUCUGCUGGAGGCUGAGCAGCAGGUAGAGGCUCUGUUAAGAGGGACGCAGACCUCAGGAGGAAAAGAAUGCAGGGAGGAAAUGUUGAAAUUGCAAGAGGAGCUGGCCCAGAAGAUUGACAUGGUUGAGUCACUGAGGGAAAGUGUGCGUAGGCUAGAGGAAGAGAGAGGCCGUCUCACUUGCCGCUGUCAGGAGCUUCUUAACCAGAUUGCAGAAGCAGACCGUGAGGUGAAUAAGCUCCGCAAUCGUCUGGAAACCGAAGAGGCUGAUUACUACACCUUGGAACACUCAUAUGAGAGGGCUACCCAUGAGUUUCAGAAAAUGAGCCAGUUCCUUAGAGAAAAAGAGGAAGAGAUCCGGCAGGCUAAGGAGAUGUAUGAGAGGCUGGUGGAACGCAAGGAAGAGGACCUAAAAGAGGCACUUAUUAAAAUGACAGCACUUGGCAACAGCUUGGAGGAAACAGAACAGAAGUUGCAAGCUAAGGAAGAGCUUCUCUGUCAAAUGAGUGAAAACUCCUUAGAUAAGGUUGAGCUCUGUAGUGCUGAAAAGGAUCUGCAAGCCAAGCUUGUGGUUGCAGAGGACCGUAUUGCAGAACUAGAGCAGCAUCUCAAUGCCCUGCAGCUGGGCUAUGCCAACCUACACAUGGAAAGACAGCAAAUCCCAGAACAGAGCAAGAAGGGAAGGGUUAAAACAUCAGCCUCCUUAUCACCAAACAUAGAGCUUUCACUUUCCCUUGAUAAUACAUCCAAGACAGAGAACUCCCCAGAUGAUAAGGAGUCUAAAGCUAAGAAAUCAAGGAUACGUUUUUCUAGUAUUCAGUGCCAAAAAUACAUCAGCUUAGAGGGCCUGGUCACAGGCCAUGUGAGCAGUACUCUUGUAGACAUGGGACAAAAAGCUGACCAAGAUGUAAAUGAAGACAUCUGUUUAAAUGAAGGAAAUAUCUCCCCUGAUAUCACAUUCUCACAAACUAGUGACCCAGAGAAGUUUAUCUCCAUCAUACAUGCCCUAGAGACUAAACUGCUUGCCACUGAGGAUAAGCUAAGAAACCUCACACAGAAUCUAGAAGAGCAGCCAUCCGCCCAAGCAGGAGACACGUCCAAGACUGAUCUAAAGAUGACAGAAAAGCAUUACCCAGAGAGAGAGUUUAGCUGUGGAAGUGGGAUACAGAGUAGUGCUGCCACUAAGCAUUAUGUGAAGGCCCUGGUGUGCGUGGAAAAUAGCCAAGAGAAGGUCAGGGCUAUUCUCCGUGGCUCUCAUGAUACCAGUGGUUCACAGCUACAUUCACUGUCAGAGAUAGAGAACGAUUUGUUCAAUGCAUCACUGUACAUCCGACAAGGACAAAAGACAUCGGAAGAGAAACCACCGGUUGUCCAUCAAAAUCAAACUCCAGAGACUCUAGAUAAAGAAGCUUUGCACCUCUUUGCCAAAACCUUGUCUUUUGAGGCAGUAGUUUUGAACAAGAUGGCUUUGUUAAUACAGACUUCAAAGUCUGACAUCCUCCAAGCUCUUGCGGAGAUAUGGGAAGACAUAGAGAACAUUAAAAGGAGUGAAAAAGAUUGCUUGGCUAUAGUUUAUGCUGAUGUCUUGACCAGGAAGUUGAUGUUAGAGAGUGCAUUCUGGAAAGAAUUGGAGAAAGCUGAGGCAGAUGUUGCUAAAUGCAAAGAAGGCAGUUUGUCAGCUGAUGUAGAUGUUGAUGCCACAAUCUUUAACACCUUCAUUAAAGCAGAACUCGCCUAUUCUAUUCAAAACCUUAAACUUUGCUAUGAAGAGAAAUUCAAAAUACUGAAAAGGGAGUUGACUGAAGCUCAUAAUAACCUACAUCAAAGGGAAAUGGCCCUGAAAGCAAUUAUUGAAGCUUACAAAAGGCCUGAUUUGAGAAAUGUAAUAAAAGAAGUCAAAAAUAACUUUGGAUUUAGUAAACAAAAGUUAGCUGACAUUCGUCCCCCUGAACUUGCUCCCUACAUGGAGCAGAUUGAAAUGGAAGCAGCAAAAGACAUGGCCGAGGAAAUUGUAGACAGACACUUGGCUGGAGAGAUGCACUCUUGUGGUGUCGACUCUAUUGAAACACUCCAAAAUGCACAUGACAACCUGGCUAAUGAGCUUCAGAGACAAGCAGCAAUCCUCCAUAAGUAUGCUCAAGAGAUAGAAAGUGGUGGAAACCAUCCUGCACUGGCUAAAAUGAUCCAUGCUCUUUUUGGGCACCAAACUUCACAUAAUUUCACAAGUACUUCUCUUUGUAUGCGUGAAGCCCUUAUCCAGGCUCAAGUGGCUUAUGUGGCAUGCAGGUUACGGACCAUGCAUGAGCAAGAGUUGGGCUGGUGUAAACAGACAAGUCAGAACAUGGAUGCUCUUGUCCAGCAGCAUGCCCGCAAUGUCAGUGCAAUCCAAGAGAAACACGAAGCAUCCUUACAGGAGGAACGCCUGAGCUUCACACAGACAGUGGCCACUCUCCAGAUGGAGAACCAAACACUAAAGAGUGAAAUUAGCAAACAUGUGAAACAACUCUCCCAUCAGCAGGAGCAACUGGCUCUCCUGGAGGAGCAUUACCAGAAGGACACUGAAGAGCUGAAUCAGAUGCACAAGAAAGAGCUACGCCAAGCAGAGGAAGGCCUUGCUUCGACAGAGCUGGCCCUCAUGGAGACAAUGGUUGACAGUCAAUGCAAGUUACAGGUUCUGUUAGUGGACAUGGACACCAUGAAGGAACAGCACGAGAGUCACGUGAGGAAACUGGAGUUGCAGUUUGAACAGAGGUUCUGUGAGCUCCAGCACAUCCACAAAGAGGAGAUUGAAAAGUUGCAUUCCCAAUAUGUGGAAAACAUUCAAUGUGUCAAAGAGCACCUGCAGGACAAAAAAGGCCCUGAGGUUUCACACUCGACAUCCAGUGAUGAGGCCAUAAUACCAAUGGAAGAGGAAGAGCAGGGGAAGGGGGAUGAUGCACAAAAUAUGUCAGAGGUGGACUCCAUGGGGGUUCUGAAGGACCGGAUCCAGGAGCUGGAGACUCAGAUGAACACCAUGAGGGACGAACUAGAGAACAAGCACGUCAAAGGAGAUGUGGCCAGCCUGAGAGAGAAAUACCAGAGAGACUUUGAAAGUCUUAAGGCCACAUGUGAACGUGGCUUUGCUGCAAUGGAAGAAACGCACCAGAAGGUGAUAGAAGACCUCCAGAGGCAGCAUCAGAGGGAGAUUUCCAAACUUAUGGAAGAGCGAGAGAGACUUUUGGCUGAGGAGACGGCUGCGACAAUUGCUGCUAUUGAAGCUAUGAAAAACGCGCACAAGGAGGAACUGGAGAAGACCCAGCGCUCCCAACUUACUGGACUAAACUCUGACAUCGAUGAGCUUCGCCUACAAUACGAGGAGGAGCUGCAGUCCAUCCAGAGAGAACUGGAGGUGUUGUCAGAGCAGUACUCUCAGAAAUGUCUCGAGAACGCUCACCUGGCCCAGGCGCUGGAGGCCGAGAGGCAGGCCCUCAGGCAGUGUCAGAGAGAGAACCAGGAGCUAAAUGCUCACAACCAGGAAUUAAAUAACCGACUGAGUGCAGAGAUCACUCGGAUGCGCUCCUGUUUCAGCGGGGAAACGGCAUUGUCACCUCUUACCCAGGGCAAAGAUGUGUACGAACUAGAGGUGUUGCUUCGUAUUAAGGAGUCAGAGAUCCAAUACCUUAAACAGGAAAUCCACUCUCUGAAAGAUGAACUGCAGUCUGCUUUAAGGGACAAGAAAUAUGCCACAGACAAAUAUAAGGACAUAUAUACAGAGCUCAGCAUCGUGAAAGCAAAGGCUGACUGCGACAUCAGCAAACUGAAGGAGAAACUGCUCAUUGCCACAGAAGCUUUAGGCGAGAGGACUGUCGAUGGAACAGUCACAUCUGGAUACGAUAUCAUGAAAUCAAAAAGUAAUCCAGAUUUCAUUAAAAAAGAACAAUCAACAACCUCCAAGCAACUGAGAGGCAUAAGGUCAAAGAGCCUGAAAGAGGGACUAACUGUGCAGGAGCGCAUGAAGCUUUUUGAGGCAAAAGAUUCCAAAAAGAUUUGAAUAUCAAGAAUCUGAAGUUUUGGUUUUUUUUUUCUUUCCCGGCCUUUGUUUUUGGCGCGAUUGCUACGGCCGUGCCAGCAUCAGCCGAAGACUCUUAUAGGAAAUCUAAAAAAAAUCUAUAAAGGUCGAUUCUUAACAUAGACCUGCUGCUUCCAUGCCUCUGAUAAGUUGUCAUAUAUUUGUCUAAUUUUUUUUUUUUUUAAUUACUAGUAAAGCAUUAUACUGAAUCAAUCCUGUGUUAGAUUCCUUUUAAAAAAAAUCCAUAGAUGUAUAAUCUGUCCAAGUUGGAGAUGUGUCAAAUAAGCUGUGAGAGGGAUACAUAACAGCAUUUUUAUUGAUCCUCCAAAAUGCCAAAACAGACAGCAAUACACACUAUGACUAAUAUAUAUUUCCCAAUAUGAAUUAGGUAUCUGCUGUAUUUUAUUAUUGUUACAGUUUCUAUAUCUAAUAAUUUUUAAUGUGUUUAAUGUUUCACCAGUUCUGUUGUACAUAACUACUGGAUAUAUGUAAGAGUAUGGUUUGCUGUUUGAUUGUCGGGGCAUCUGCUGUACUAUAACUAUGGUUUGAGUGAUAGUAGAAAACAAUGUGAUGCUUAACUUGCUUGUGUAUGAGAGUUUUAUAAAAAUGGAGUGUCUGUGUGUGAAGGGGGGAAAGGGGGGUGGGAUUGCACUUAUCACUUGACUACUUGAGAGUUUUGUUUUUUUUGUUUUGUUUUUGUUUUUUUUGGUCUCAAAUUGGUGUAGUGACUUCGACUCAAUUAUUGCAGUGCAACCAAAACAUCCAGAAUUCUGUCAAACUUAGUGAACAGCGGUGGCUUGUUAGUGAUACUGGAUUUUUCUUUUUUUUUUUUUUAAUGUUUCUUAAAACCUGAAUUUGUGUUUGCUCAGUUUUGAUUUGGUGUGAAAAUAUCAUCUCAUAAAAACUGAAACUAUACAACUUUGCAUGACUGUACAGUAUAAUUUGAAUUGCGGAAUGAUCAUGUUGCCUCAUUUUCCUACUUUAUGCUUUAGUGUGGAACUCUUAACACUAAUAAGCUUGGCUUUGCAAGUCCUACUGUUUAGGUGUUGAGAUUGAAAUGUUUUACUGUAAGCGGCAGUCUUGAAGCACUUGGCCCAAUCCCUGACCUCUCACUGAAAUCUAGUUUUGCCUCAACUGAGUGAAGAAUAUAAACAUCCAUGAAACUUGUGCAGCUAUGGAUACACACUGUAUAGUAUUCAAACCACGCCUUGUAUAUAUAUGCUACACGGAAGACUUCCGUGUUUUUGUUUUAAACUUGUACCUUGCUCACUAGCUCUAUAUGAAAUAUAUAUAUAUGAAUAUUUUUUAUUUUCAUUUGAAUGUAUAACGUCAAAUAA